GUCCUCUGACGUCACCUCGCCGUGACGCGUACGCGGUAGGAAAACUAUAAAGAUGAAUGCCAUGUCUAAUCCAGCACUGAAAAUGUGAAGUUUAGAAGACAUUUGCUAAGUCGAGUCAACUCACGACAGCUGUUAUUCAAGUCAACAACAUCAUAAUGCAGAGUUCAUUUUCAGUACCACCAAAAGAUCAAGAUCUCUCCCUGCUUCCCAGCCCUGUGGAGAAACUGCUGACUCAGAAGAUGUUGGAAUCUCCUGGAAAGACAACCUGUACAGGCGAACCAAAUAUCCCUCCUGGGGCGAUUCACAGUGGGAAAGGCCUGCAGAAUAAGAGUCAGUUUAGAACCAUCGCUCCAAAGAUUGUGCCCCAAGUCGUGGCACCCAGAGUGCUGCCAAGCCCGGUGCCCUCACUCUCUGAUCAGGCGAAUCCAGGCCCUUCCCUCGGCUCCAAGCCCCUGGGGAUGCCCCCACCGAAUUAUGCGCUGAUGCAGCUGGCUGGCCAGGAAGGGACCUUCUCGCUGAUUGCUCUGCCGCACGUGGCCUCAGCUCAGCCGAUCCAGAAACCCCGGCUGCCUCUGCCCGAGAACCUAAAGCUGCCCAUCCCCCGGUACCAGCCCCCAAGGCCCGGCAAAGGAGUCAGAAAGAAGCCGGGGCUUGGUUCCUCCUCCGAGAGGGGCUGCAGCAAACCUGCCCAAACCCAAGCAGCCCCUACCCCACCUGAGCAUCCUGAGCCCCCGCACAAGCCCAACCCACCCAAGCCGGCACCAGACCAAGCCCCAGCUGCGCUGACCAACAGGAGUGGCCACCGAGACCCCGGGCCUCCAGGGACCAGCAACCACGGAGGUUGGACCCCUCCUGCCACCCCAGCACUGGCCACACCGGAGGAGCCUUCUGCCGAGCAGGACCCCCCGAAGAGUUCAGGAGGAGCGAAAGUUCCAGGCAAGAAAACCCCCAGGAAACCUGCUGUUGCCAGUGAAAAACCUCAAGAACCGGUUGAUGCCACCAAAGCCAUUUUGUCGUCACCAGGCGUCAUUGGAAACGCAGUCCAGGUGCCCUCUUCCAUCCCCAGAGGUAAACUGCCCAUCCUACCCUACUCGAGAGUGAAGACCACGCAGGUUUGCAGGAGCGGAGCCGCCGUGAACACUGCGCAUGUCCCCUUCCUUGGGCUCAGGACUGCCGGAGACCAGACCCCUUCCAUCCCGGAAGGCUUCAGUGUGGCCCCGCAGGUGGAGGACAGGGGCCCUGCCCCACCAGCUCCCGGGCAGAGCCCCGGCGACAGUGCCUUCUGUCCAGCCACCAAGCCCGACCUUAACCACAAAACAAAACUGAACGGUGAGACAGCGAAGAGAAGAGGAAGAAAACGCAAGGGCCCAGACGAACUUUUGACAUUUCAGGGGAAAAGGUGGAAAUGUGUCCUUAGUUGUAAAGACAGCAAAGAAAGAGUCAAAAGUGAUCCCGAAGAAUCCAGGGACCAAAAACCGGAGGCCGUGAAAAAAUACCGGAGCAUCAUGCCCAAACCUGUCCUGGUCCUGCCAGCCCUGGCCUCACCCCCGGCCACCCUCCAGCCCCCGCCACCUGGGAGCUUGGGACACGUGUCUUUCGAUCACUCCCUGGCCCCCAAGCAUCUGGACUGGAAGGAGGACGGCCAGCCCCCAAAGCUCGACUCUGCCUUCAGAAACGGGUUCUCCGGCCUCAGGAAGACUUGGCAUAGGUGCCACGUGUGUGACCACCCCUUCCCGUCCAAGCAGCACCUCCGCGAGCACACGAGCGCACCCCCGGACAGCCGGCCCUACAGCUGCCGGCUCUGCAGAAAGGUGUACAAGCGGCGGGGCAGCCUGAGCGCGCAUGUGCGGCUGCACCACGGGGACUCCCGACCCAGGAAGCUUGUGUGCUGCGAGUUCUGCGCCAAGGUGUUCGGCCACGUCAGAGUGUACUUCGGCCACCUGAAAGAGGUGCACGGUGUGGCCAUCAGCACCGAGCCCUCCCCCUGUGAGCCGCAGCCGGGGGACCUGCCGAGGACCCCUUGCGAGGUGGAGGGACUGGUGGAGAGGGAGAUCAAGUCCAGCCUGGAAGAAGACCUCCUCAUGAACCAGAAUGACGAGGCCAGGUUCCAGAUCAGAUGUGGUCGCUGUCAGAUCACUGCCCAGUCUCUGGCUGAAAUCAAGUUCCACCUGCUUUCCGUUCAUGGCGAGGAAAUCCAGGGCCAGUUGCCAGAGGAGCGCUCACCCUCCCCCGGAAGCAGAGCAGCUCAGGGAGAACUGACUAAACAGGCUGCUCCUUUCUCGAAACGUCCUGAGAGAAGGAAGCUGCUCAGGCAUCAUCCCUCAGCUGGGGAGUUCUGUACAGUCCCCAGACUGAAAAGACAACUUUACCUCUAUCAUCAGAACGACAUGGAAACACUCACGAAACAGGAACAAGCCCAGCCAGGACCCAGUGAGCCCGGGGGAGACCCCCAGGGCCCCAGGUGUCCUGGCCCCCAGGCUGCCCUCCCCCUGCCCCACUCUGGCUUUAACUGUGUCCUUUGUGUGCAGAUACUAGGAAGCAAAGAAGAGCUACUUCUCCACUGGGAGCGGCAGCACAAGUGUGAGGACCCCCCCAAACUGUGGACAAUUUUCAGCACGCUCUCCAGCCAGGGAGUUGUCCAACUUUCCAGCAAAACCGGAAAAUGAAACACGGGGUCAGGGAUUAGGAAGAGGUGCGCGCUCUCAGCUGCCUCUGUUUCAUGGAGGUGC